AUGGGUACAACGGCAAGCACAGCACAGCAGACAGUCUCGGCUGGCACGUCCUUGGAGGGCCUGCAGGGCAGCAGCAGCAUGGACGGCCAGCAUUCUCUCAGUGUGCAGUCUUUCCAUGCCACAAGUUUACACAACAGCAAGGCCAAGUCCAUCAUUCCCAACAAGGUGGCUCCUGUUGUGAUCACGUACAACUGCAAGGAGGAAUUCCAGAUCCACGAUGAGCUGCUCAAGGCCCAUUACAGGAUGGGCCGGCUCUCAGAUGCCACCCCUGAGCACUACCUGGUGCAGGGUCGCUAUUUCCUGGUGCGUGAUAUCACCGAGAAGAUGGACAUACUGGGCACCUUGGAGAGCUGUGGGGCUCCCAACUUCCGGCAGGUGCGGGGCGGCCUCCCUGUGUUUGGCAUGGGACAGCCCAGCCUCCUGGGGUUCAGGAGGGUCCUGCAGAAACUCCAGAAGGAUGGGCUCAAGGAGUGCAUCAUCUUCUGUGUGCGGGAGGAGCCUGUGCUGUUCUUGCGUGCCAAGGAGGACUUUGUGUCUUACACACCUCGAGACAAGGAGAGCCUUCAUGAGAACCUUAGGGACCCUGGGCCUGGGGUCAAGGCUGAGAAUCUGGAGCUGGCCAUCCGGAAAGAGAUCCAUGACUUUGCUCAACUGAGAGAGAACAUGUACCACGUGUACCACAACACAGAGGACCUGCGCGGGGAGCCGCACACCGUGGCCAUCCGAGGUGAGGAUGAUGUGCACGUGACCGAGGAGGUGUUUAAGCGGCCGCUGUUCCUGCAGCCCACCUACAGAUAUCACCGUCUCCCCUUGCCAGAGCAAGGGGCCCCCCUGGAAGACCAGUUUGAUGCCUUUGUCAGCGUUCUUCGGGAGACUCCCAGCCUUCUGCAGCUCAGAGAUAACCACGGGCCUCUCCCUGCCCUCCUGUUCAGCUGCCAGUCAGGUGUGGGCAGGACCAAUCUAGGCAUGGUCCUGGGUACCCUCGUCAUGUUCCACUACAGUAGAACCACCUCCCAGCUAGAGGCAGCCUCCCUGCUGACCAAACCCCUGUCCAUGGAGCAGUUUCAGGUGAUCCAGGGCUUCAUCUGCAAGGUGGCCCAGGGGAAGAAGAUAGUGGAGGAGGUGGAUCAAGCGAUCAGUGCCUGUGCAGAGCUGCAUGACUUGAAGGAAGAAGUCCUAAAACACCAGAGGAAGCUGGAAGGCUUCAGGCCAGAGAGCCCGGAGCAGGAGUGUGGCAGUCAGCAUGCUGUCCAGCAGAGGGCGCUGUGGAGCCUGGAGCUGUACUUCUAUCUGAUCCUGUUCAACUACUAUCUGCAUGAGCAGUAUCCCCUGGCCUUUGCCCUCAGUUUCAGUCGAUGGCUGUGUACACAUCCUGAGCUGUAUCGACUGCGGCUGGUGCUGAAUUCAGUGGGGCCCUUGGUACCUGGGGACCUCAUCGCCAAGAGCUCCCUGGAAGCAGAUGAUCUUGUUUCCCCGGAUGCGCUCGGCACUAUCAGAGAGAUGGAUGUAGCCAACUUCCGGCGUGUACCUCGAAUGCCUAUCUAUGGCACCGCCCAGCCCAGUGCCAAGGCCCUAGGCAACAUCCUGGCCUACCUGUCUGAUGCCAAGAGGAAGCUACGGCAGGUGGUCUGGAUCAACCUGAGGGAGGAGGUUGUACUAGAAUGUGAUGGUCACAUGCACAGUCUGUGGCCCCCCGGGCCGACCCUGGCCCCCGAGCAGCUGGAGGCUCUGGAGUCCCAGCUGAAGGCCCACCUGAGUGCUCCUGUCCCCAACACCAAGAGCCCUACCGCCCCCAGGUUCCAGAAGUGCCUGACCACACAGGAGGUCUUCAGCCAGCACCAGGGGGCCUGCCUUGGCCUCACCUACUGCCGCAUUCCUGUGCCAGACUUCUGCGCCCCUCGGGAGGAGGAUUUUGACCGGCUGCUUGAGACCCUGCGAGCUGCUCUCACUAAGGACCCAGGCACAGGCUUUGUCUUCAGCUGCCUCAGUGGCCAGGGACAGACCACAACCGCCAUGGUGGUGGCUGUGCUGGCCUGCUGGCACAUUGGGGGCUGUCCCGAGGUGGGCGAGGAGGAGCUAGUGAGCGUGCCCGAUGCCAAGUUCACCAAGGGCGAGUUUCAGGUGGUGAUGAAGGUGGUACAGCUGCUGCCGGACGGCCACCACGUGAAGAAGGAGGUGGAUGCGGCGUUGGACACUGUCAGCGAGACCAUGACACCUAUGCACUACCACCUUCGGGAGAUCAUCAUAUCCACCUACCGACAGGCAAAGGCCACCAAAGAGACACAGGAGGCUCAGAGGUUACAGCUGCGGAGCCUGCAGUACUUGGAACGCUACAUCUACUUGAUACUCUUUAACGCCUACCUUCGUCUGGAGAAGACCAGUUCCUGGCAGAGGCCUUUCAGCACCUGGAUGCAGGAGGUGGCAGCCAAAGCUGGCAUCUACGAGAUCCUCAACCAGCUGGGGUUCCCUGAGCUGGAGAGCGUGGAGGACCAGCCCCUGUCAAGGCUCCGCUACCGCUGGCAGGAGCAGAGCCGAGACCCAGAGCCCUGUGAUGUUGGGGACUUCCUGUAGGCCUUCUUCUAGCUCCUUGCUAGGCAGGUUGGGGGACCUGAGGGUCUCAUUGCUUCAGAUGGACACUUGCCAGCUUCCUGGUGAGACCUGAGGGUCUGAGAGCCUUUGGAAAGAGGGUUUUUUGCAGGAUGUAUGGAUGGUGCCGCCAUUUUCUGUCAACCCUCGCAGUGGGCGUGUAAUGGCCUCUGGCAAGACCCAGCGCAUGUACCUCACAGACCAGCUGGCAAACAGCCUUCAGGGAGCUCGUUCCCCAAACAGCCAGUCACCACUGCUGUCCCCUCUUCACUGUUGGUCAUCAGACUGCCUGAGUGGGCAGCAGGCUCGUCAUGUUUGUGUUUUCACUUCCUUCCUCUGGCUGGCUUGCUCUUGCCUCUCAGUCUUUCAGCCCAAGAAGCUUGCUCUUGAGUUAUGUGAGAAGGAUGGCAAGCCAGGGGGGUCCGAGUUAAAGGCAGCUCUGCCUGGCCCCUUCUGGCUUGUGAGUGUCACUGGCCUGGAAGACUGAGGGGUGCCUCCUCUUCUCUCCUACCUGUCAUUCCCCACUUUUUUUCCCUAAGCUGGCAGAUGUGCCCAGGGAGUUGGAAACAUCAGGGAGACCCUCUCAGUCUUCCAGGAGUUGGGGAAGAAACUCACAGAGACCAUUAGCACAUUGAAGAGGUGGGAUCGUGUGUUGGAAGCCUGUUAGCAGGAUCAAGGUGACUCUUGGGAGAGACUCUUGUAGACUCAGUCUGUGGUGGCUUGUCAGGCCUUAGAGCCCAGGCCCACCCCUGCCAGGAUCUCUGGGCUGCUUUCGCCAGGACACGCUGGGACACCGCUGAAUUACCAGCAGUUUGUUCACACAGUGGGUAGAAGGGCUGUGUUUGGAAAGUCUCGGCUGGGACAGAAGUUUGCCACAACCAGUGGUUGAACUCCCAGGAGCCUGGCUACCUGUCUCACUCCUUGAAGGACAGGGAUGAAUCUCUGGGUUCCUGUCCUUCAGGAAGAUGUCAGCUGUCAGCUGUGCUAUUUGAAGAGGCCAAAGUUGUUUCCAGUCUGGGGAAGUGGUGACCCUCUUAGCUGAAUCCUUUUGCAAGCUGCUGUAUGUCUGUCCACAGCUUCUCAGGUUUGCUGGUAUCUGUUUUGUGCAAGUCAGUUCUUUUCAGAAAAGGUCUGGCCAAGAAGUCAGAGACCAGAGAGAACCCUUCACACUCUCAUGGUUGACGCCGACUUGGAGAUAUGCUGGGACCAGUGGCAGAUGACUGUACCUCUCUGCCUCAGUUUCCCUGUCUGUAAAAUUGGAGAAUAAUACUUGCCUACCUACCUCACAGGGGUGCUGUGAGGAACUCUUUAUGGUUUUCUGGGUUUUUUGUUUUGUUUUGUUUUUGUUUUUGUACAGAGCUUUUGAGCAUUAAAAACAGUAUAAACAUGUAA